AUGGCCGAAAUAUUUGGGCUCGUGGUCAAUAUUACGACUGUAAUCGGCCUCGCAGGGAAAUUAGCAAAUUUAGGAUAUGGUUAUAUAGGCGGGGUGAUGAACGCAUCGAACCAUGCUGAAAGACUGGUUGAAGAGCUCAACUCACUUAUCCACGUUCUACGUAUAUUACAGAAUAUAGUCAAGAACGACCCGGAACUCGAAUUUACAGCACUACAAAGACUAAACGGCCAGAAAGGACCACUUGAAGGAUGUGUCUGGAGACUGAAGUUGCUACAGCUCAAACUAAAGCCCAAGGAUGGGUGGAGAGACAAGAUGAAGGUUCUUACGUGGCUCUUGAAGGAAAAGGAAACUUAUGGACAUAUAUCACGGAUAGAGAGGGACAAGAGUCUCUUCAAACUAGCUUUAGGACUCGAUCACAUGCUUCUAUCCAAGGAAAUAGCAAAUCAUUUGAAGGAAAUCGAAAAAGAUACAAAGGAUAUGAAAGACCUUGUCCAGGUCCAGACGGCGGCACUAGAUUCAUUUAUAUCCAAGAUGGAAAGUGAUCAACUCGCAAAACAACGAAACCAAAUUCUCCAGUGGCUCUACCCUAAAGACCCUAGUUUAAAGCACAUUGAGAUUAGCGGUCAAAGGCAAGCCGGGACUGGGAAAUGGCUAUUUCAAAAACCCAAAUUCAAGAACUGGAUUAAAGAGCAACCCGAUUUCUUUCUGCUUUGUGGAUAUGGAAUUGGUAACUCCAAAUUUUCUUAUUGA